CCCUAAUGGCUCAAGGCCACCCAAGAUUUUACCCCUCACAUUGACCGUGACCAAGACUAGGACCUCUGGGGCUUCUGUUCAACUUCACUCUACAUUGCCGAAUCUGAGAGCCUAACCUGCUAGGGCCAGUCACCCGACCAUUCUUUUAGACUUACGCCUUCAGUUCCUACAAGAUGCUCGAUAUCGCUGACUUCGUCAGUGACCGCGGUGGGAACCCAAACAAGGUCAAGGAGAGUCAACGGAAACGAUUUGCUCCAGAAAAUGUCGUCGAUGAAGUUCUUACACUAUAUGAAGAAGCCCGCCGAGCACGGUACGAAGUCAUGCAGAUAGGCUCCCAGAUCAAUGGACUUCAAAAAGAAAUUGGGAAGAAAAAAAAGAACAAGGAAGAUGCAAGUUCCCUUCUGGAAGAGAAAGCUGCGCUUGAACAACGCAAGAAAGAAGCCGAAGACCUUGCUCUUCAAAAGGAAAAGCAAAGAGACAGCAAACUCCGAACAAUUGGUAAUUAUGUGCAUGAUUCGGUCCCUGUGAGCAAUAACGAAGACGAUAAUGUAGUGGUUAAGACAUGGGUGCCCGAGAAUGUCACUGUCGAGAAGCGCGAUUGCCUUUCUCAUCAUGAAGUUCUCACUCGCCUUGACGGCUACGACCCCGAACGUGGUGUCAAGAUUGUCGGCCACCGUGGAUACUGCUUGACUGGGUAUGGACUUUUCUUAAAUCUUGCGCUGAUCAACUACGGCUUGGAAUUCCUUUGGGGAAAGGGUUACAAGCCGAACCAGCCACCUCAAUUCAUGCUGAAGGACAUGAUGGCAAAAACAGCCCAGCUUGAGCAAUUUGACGAGGAAUUGUAUAAAGUAACAGAAAGUGAGGACAAAUCUACAGACAAAUACCUCAUCGCCACUUCAGAACAGCCGUUGUCAGCUUUGCAUGAUGGUGAAUGGCUCCAGGACAAGGAUCUUCCAAUCAAGUAUGCUGGAUAUAGCACAUGCUACCGCAAAGAAGCAGGAGCUCAUGGUAAAGACGCUUGGGGUAUUUUCCGCGUCCAUCAGUUUGAGAAAAUCGAGCAAUUCGUCCUUACUAAACCGGAACAAUCAUGGGAAGCUUUCGAGGAGAUGAUGGCUACGUCGGAAGAGUUCUACAAAUCUCUUGGGCUUCCCUAUCAGAUAGUUACCAUCGUGUCCGGGGCCCUAAACAAUGCUGCGUCUAAGAAAUAUGACCUCGAAGCCUGGUUCCCAUUUCAAGGAGAGUACAAGGAGCUUGUUUCUUGCUCCAACUGCACAGAUUAUCAAGCUCGGGCUUUGGAAAUUCGGUAUGGCACUAAAAAAGCGACAGAUGUUAAGAAGUCUUAUGUUCAUGCUUUGAAUGCCACGCUGUGUGCUACUGAGCGGACGCUUUGCUGUAUUCUUGAGAAUUAUCAAAAGGAGGAUGGAUUUAUUGUGCCAGAGCCCCUUCGGAAAUACAUCCCAGGCGCCCCAGAAUUUCUCCCUUAUACCAAAGAACUCCCGAAGGAUAGCACUUCCCAGAAAGCUAAGGGCAAGCAGAGUUCUAAGGCAGCAAGUGGUGCGGAAGAAGCCACAAAGAAGAUACAGGAUUUACGGGUGUGAGUGCCAAAGACUCUGAGAAGUUACUGCUCUAUCUGGAAUGAUAUCUACAGCAAUGGAGACAAUUGCAAAUCUCAUUGCAUGGUGUUGUGAGACGAGAACAUGUUAGCAUGUAGACUAUUUGUAGAAGGCAGACAGUAUGAGUUUCUUUCGCGUCAAAAUUUAAUAGAAUUAACUGUACAUGAUUUC